AUGAGAGCCAUCGCCGUUUCCAAGCUUGACAAGAAGCUUUGCCUGGUAGUGGCGUGCUGCUUGUUGUCCGUCUCGGCCAUGCCCACGUUUGGUCAGAACAGCGCCCAGCCAAACUAUCAGCAGACCAUCGCCUACUCUUGGGAAACCUAUCUCAACACGCAAAAAUACAAUCAGCUGCCUUCCUGGUCAACCGCACGUGGAAAUCGACUUGGUGUUCUACCACAGCAGUUCAAAGCGUUUCGGGAGAGAAUCUCGCAUCUUGAGGAACUGAGAAGAUGGGUUUUAAGCAAUCACGAGGCGAACAAGGCGCUCACCGAGCAACAGCGGGCCACGCUUACCAUGCCCUUUUUUGCAUGGGACCCACAGUCUCUGAGGUUGGAGAGAGGUGACUAUCCUGGAAUGGCCGAGAGGCUUGAACGGGAAUCUUCCUUUAUAGCCCAGGUUGAAACUGUUCUCAACGAUGUUGUGAAGCAUCUGCCGGACCUAUCUCGGCCAAUGUAA